UAAACAGCUGCGCAAACACAGCAGUCUUCGUGGUAACUGAUCAGAGCAAGGAACACACUGAAUGAGCAGCGUGCCUGAGUAGGAACUUGAGCUUAUACAUGUACUACACGUUGCCCAAGCAACAUUGGAUGUGCUGAAGGCCGAAGAACAUUUUUCACUGGGAAGACUUGGAUUUGAUUUGUUAUCGUGAAAGGAGUCUAACUAAUUGAGCGGAAUAUAUUUUCUGGAGGGACAUUUUUCAUCCAAGAAUUGAAAAAGCAGCAGUAGACAUUUCAAAUUAGCAAGAAAACCACAGACAAUGGGGACCUGCCUCACCAGAUGCCAAUCCAACCUGACAGUCUUUGAAAACCCAGAUGAGUCAAUGGAGAGCCCAGAAACCGUGAUUGUGUCUCUUGUUGAUUACCCAUCAUUUGGAGAAACACAACUGACCAUGUGCAUUGGGGAAAGACUGACCAUGACAUCAGAUGACGGGGACUUCAUAAUGGUGAGAUCCACAACGACAGGCCGGGAGAGCUACGUCCCUAUCGAGUACACAGCCAGAGUUACUGACAGGUGGCUGUUCAAAGGCAUCAGCAGGUACAAAGCAGUGGAGCUGCUCAUGCGUCCUAAUAACCAGAAUGGAGCCUUCUUGAUUCGAGAGUCAGAGACAAGCAGAGAUUCCUACUCGCUAUCUAUCCUGAGGAGAACCAGCUCUUCGCACCAGGACUGUGUGAAGCACUACCGCAUUUCUACCCUCCCGAAUGGAUGGGUCUACAUAUCUCCAAGCCUGACUUUCUCCACCCUGCAUUGCAUGGUGGAACACUAUUCAGAGACCGCAGAUGGAUUGUGCUGUCGGCUGGCAAUGCCUUGCUUCAUCCAGGGUUUAGACAAUGCUGAAGAGGCCCGGCCUAUUCCAAUAACGACCAGGAGGCCCACCAUCAAAUGGAAGGAAAUCAGCAGAUCGGUGAUCUUAAAGAGGAAGAGGACAGUGUCAGACCACUCUCUGGUGAGCGAGGGGCUCAGGGAGGCUAUUUACUCCUACCUCCAAAUGACCGAGGCCGGCGAAAACAGCUGCUGGGACACUUGAGGAAAGACUGCAGAGUGAGACUCUGUAAUUCAUCGGCUGCGGCUUGGGGAUCCCACUGGAAGAGGCCGUCUACACGCCCAAGUGCAGUCUUUAGAGACUGCCCUGGAAUAGCGAGAGGGCUGAGACACUACGCUGUGUGGAGAUAUGCAGUACUGCAAACUAUAUGAGCUGGAGGACUGCUUUUGUGGAUGUGUGUCCAAAGAGGCAUACAGAGGAGCUUUGAGAAAUGUGUUCUCAUUUGGCUCCGAAACAUUGAAUGUAUCUUUUAAUUUAUAAACUAAUGUGUACUUGCAGGUUGAAUGUCAUAUUAUGUGUUAAUAUUAUUGGAAUAUGAUUGUUAUCAUGGUUGUGUCAUUGGAA